AUGUUUGAAACACGAAUGGGCCAAUGUGACGGCGCACUUUUGGUCACGUGGGUAAAGAUAAGCCAAUCGACUGCCACUUGGUCCGCUGUCGUCGCGGUGCCACUUCUCGUGCGUGUGUUCGUGUGGCUGUGGCAAAGUGGUGAAGUGGUGUUGCACCUGUUCGGCGACAGCAGAUACGCUCAACUCUGCAUAGUCAAGGUGGUGUGGUGGCAGGUGGGGGGUGGUGCAAUGGAGCUGGCCUUUUGUGCAGCUGCCAUCUUUGUGGUGUCGGCAGUGGUGGUGUACUUUGUGUCGGUCGUGGGUACCCGCCAAAAGACCUACGAGGAGGCACUGGCCGAAGCACGUCGGCGAUCCCUGGAAGAGGAUGCUGCCCUCCAGCAGGCCCGACAGCACCACAAGCGUGACAGUGCCAACAAGAAGGUCAAGGGUCGCUGGGGUCGCACAAAGGUAAAAGAGAGCCCAGCAGAACCCGAGCUCAGCGCCUCGACAGGAACCAACGAGACUGCCUUGGCCUGUCCCCCUUCGCCAACGCAGGGGGCAAUCCAACACAUGCCUGAACACGUCGAGUUCAAGGAGGAGGCUGAGGUGGUGCUGAUUCCCAAGGAGGAUGAUGAGCUGACUUGUGACGCUGUCCCACGCUCUUCACCCAUCAUUCCCCCGGUGCGCAACAGGCGCCCACAGAAGCCGAUUCUGGUACACAAGCCACCACCAGAACCAGAAGAGCUGGCCGCACAGCCUGUUGCACCGGUGGUGCUGGAGCCAUCACCCAAGCCUGUGCGUCGCAACUCCUUUAAGGACAUCGUUCCCAAGGAUGAAAUUGAGCUGAAGCACCUACAGGAGCAGCUUCAGCAACAACAGCAGCAGCAACAACAAAAGGAGGUUGCUGAAACAUCAUCCUGGUCUGCAGCAGCACCACCCUCGCCACCCAACUCUACAGCUGCGGCUGCCAAGGGCUCCCCGCUCCGUGAGAAGCCUCCGCGCAGCCGCAAGUCUAAGGGCCAGGACGCAGCUUCUGCAGUGACCACUGAUGGCACGGCUGCACGAGAGGUGUGUGCCCGAGAGCUUCUGUCCCUGGUGCGUGGCAGCAGCCGCUUCGUGGCCGAGCAGGAGGAGCUUGAGCAGCUCGUCGAGGAGCUGCUCAACCGGGCGGGGCAGCCGGCGGGCGAGUGGCGCAAGCGGGGCCCGGACCCCGAGGCCCACCUGCGCCGUCUGCUGGCUGAGCGGGAGCGAGACCUCGAGGCCGAGCGCCAGCACGCGCUCUCGCACGCGACCAAGGUGAAGGAACUCAGACAGGAGCUGAAUCAGCAGCUGACCAGGGUGCAGCAGCAGGAGAGGAACCUUAAGACCCAGCAGAAGGCCAUGGAAGAGCAGGCGGCACAGUUGCAGAGGCUGCGCGACGAGUCGAGGCAACUGCAGCAGAGGGUGCACCAGCUGGAGGCUGAGUUGCAGCAGUCGUCGGCAUCGGUGUGCGAGCGGGUGCGAUCGAGAGAGGAAGAGCUGGAGCAGGUCCACCGCGAGGCCCUGGAGCGGGAGCGUCGGGAGGCAGAGACGCGGCUGGCACAGGCACAGCAGCAGGCGGAGGCCCUGGAGGCCACCUGCGCCCAGCUCCGGCAACGGCUUGACCAGGAAGCACAGAACCUGGCCGCCCAGAGGAACGCCUCUGAGGGCAAGGUGAAGGAGCUGAGCAAGGUUCACCAGCUGGAGCUGGAGGCAGAGCGGGCGGAGCACCAGCGGCGUCUGGGCGCCCUGGAGCAGCGUUGCCAGGAGCAGGCCCACCUGGCCGAGGAGCUGCGGGCACGCCUGGCCGAGGCCGUGCAGACACACAGCCGAGAGGUGAGCGAGCUGUCUCGCAAGAAGGCGGAGGCGGAGGCUGCGGCCGAGGGUGCCGAGCAGCAGCUGGUCCAGGCGCACGAGGCCGCUGUGGAGGAGCUCCGGCGAGAGCUGGACGACCAGCGGGCCAAGAACAAUGACCUGCGCACCAAGAACUGGGAGGCUGUCGAGGCCAUGCGGGCAGCCGAGCGUAAGGCCGAGGCACAAGCGGCCAGUUUGACCAAGGAGCUCGAGGUGCUCAAGGCCAGCCACACCAAGGAUGUCGAGAGCCUGCAGCGACGGUUAUUGGACGAGCACCAGAAGAAGGAACGGGAGCUGCUGGAGCGCCUUCUGCCUGCCAUCAAGGUUGACGCUAGACUAAGCCAUUCCGAGUGGCUGGUGCACUUUGAAAGGGAAGUGCACCAGUGGCAGAAGAGGCAACAGCAGCAGCAGCAGCAGCAGCAUCAACGAGGCAUGGGCGACCACCAGCCGCCGUCUGCCUCUACACAGUCUCAAACCAGUGGAGCCCUGGAAGACGCAGAGCGCCUGCAACAGCUUGCACAGGCCAAUGCCAAGCUUGACAAGGAGGUGUCUCACUACAAGCAGGUGCUAUCUCAGACCGAGGACAUCUUGCAGAACCUUCAGCGGUCGGUUGAGGAGGAGGAGAAGCGGUGGCACGAGAAGGAGGAAGGUCAUCACAAGGAGCGACUACUCUGGCAACAGCAGCUCACUCAGGCCCAAGCUGAGGCAUCGCAGCAGAAGAUCACUGGCCCAACGGAGCGGGAGCAGUGGCUGGAAGAGCGCUGUGCUGUCCUUGAAGCAGACCUCCGGCAACUGCAUGGACUCCAGGAGACGACGUCCGAGGUAUGUGGUGUGCAGUUUGCCUUCUCCUGCUUAGAGCGGACAUUGCCCAGCAUAGUGAAUGAGAUGCAAGCCAAACUGAAGGAACUGCAAGCCAAGCUGCAGGAUGAGGAAGGGGAAAAGAAGCUGCUGGAGCAGAAGUACGAUGAGGCCAGUCUCUACGGAGAGUUUCUUGAAAAGGUGAGUCGGAACGCCCAGGAUGUGAGGACUCACCUUGAGAGCAGAGUGCGGGAGCUCGAAGAGGUUAAGCUGAUGCGGGACGACUACGACCUCCUGAAACAGGAGCUGGCCAACGUGAAGGCCCAGCUGGCGGAGACCCGCUGCACCGGGGCCAAGGCACACGAGGAAGCGGCAGCAAACCACAGCCCCUCGGCACAAUUGCCCGUCGCCAAGGCAAUGCCCGACACGGUAUCCCCGGCUACCAACGGCCCCUCAGCUGCACCCGCCGAAAAGGACGACAAGCUGGAGUGCUCUGAGCUGGGUAGCGACACCAUUGCACGCCCAUCGGGUGACGCACCCUGCUCUAAAAACACUAACGGCAACCGAACUAAGAAGCGGGUGCGGGGCUCGUCGAACAAGAAGUAGAGGCCCUCCAGCCAGAGCGAAGUACCGCCCCACCGUGUGCUCCCCAGUAUCUGUUGCGGAUGGCAGCAGCUGCUGGUUCUCUGCCCCUCCCAGCAUGCCCUGGCAGAUGCGAGAUUUCGACGUGCUGCUGCUUCGCCUCCCGCUUUGUGCAAUGAGGUGUGCGUGCGUGCGACACAGGCCUGGGACCACUUGAUGCGGGACGACGUACCACACCCGAGAACUCUUCUGCCACGCAAUGAUGUGUGCACAUCUUGUUCGGAUUUGGUUGCUUCUUCUUUGUCGAGCGUCUCCCGUCUUAAAUGUUUUGUCACUUGUUGUUAAAGUGCCGCAGUCGCCGCCGCCGCCCGCAGGUUCUUGUGCCCUCACACCCAAAAUUUCUUGUCAAGUUUUUUUACCCCACCCGCGUUCCUUUUUGCUUUUCUCUGUUGUGCAAUUUUUUUUUUUCUGCCUUGUUGACUUGUUUAUAGUGUAACCCCCAUGCCUGUGCAUAAAGUUCUACACAGUGUGCUUUUCCGAGGUGCUUCUUAUUUUAUUUCUUUCUUUGGUUACUUCCAUGUGCGAGGAUGAGGUAGCCAUGCCCUUGACUACUGAAUGGCUGAUUUUCGCAGCAAAGCAAUGCUCUGUAGCUGUACCACUCACCUAGUCGCGUAGCCAAGUGUGGGUGUUGCAGGAUGCAUGCAUAGUUGCAGCAAGUCUGUGUAGGCCCCUUUUCAUUAUACAAUGGGCUAGCUUUCCUGCGAUGGCUCAAGCACAAAACACUGCAAAAAAAAAUGGCAUCACUCAACUGAUCGGUAUUUUGAGCUGCCUGCGUAGUUCAUUGCGUGCCAUUGGUCUGCGAAGGACACACAGUUGCUCGGGAGGUUUAACACAAAGUAGUUGCUUUAGUGAUGAGCAUUGAUGCCAUACUUUAAACAUCAUGCUAUGCUUGAAAGUGCAACUCGGUAUUACACCUCUUCUGCAAGUACGUAUUAUUGGUUCUUAUGAGUGAACUGUUGUAGAAGGGCACUGCGGUUUUAUUCAUGUAAAAAGGUGCACCUCCAUCCUCUGGUGUGUGCUGCCAUCUCCUAGAAAGUCCUCAAUUUCGCUCUAAGGUUUAAAACGAUUUUGUUUCCUAAAGGCAUGUCUGAAAAGCCUUUAAGUGUGAUGAAUAAUGAGAAUGUUGAAAGUAACUUUAUUGAUUAGAAGCAGCCUGUUAAUAUAAACUGUUACAUCAAUGUAGACAAGAAUAAAGGGGUUUAACCAAGGGCCUGAUAUUUAUUAAUCAUAUGAUGAGAGCCAACAGACAGACACCAUGGACAACAUAGGGGAAACUACUUGUACAUAAUUCUUGAAUUAAGUAAAUGACAAAAUAAUGCCAAUGAAAGUGGAUGAAAAAACAACUUGCCGCAGGUGGGGAACGAUCCCACGUCCUUGCAUAUGAUCGGCAUUCACAAGUGGCAACUGGACCACAAGAAAUCUGAAGUAGUGUAGUGAAGCUGUGUAACUAACUGGGAUGUUUGCUAUGCAAGCUUCAAGUCUGCUAUCAUCAGAAAUAUAAAAAAAUAAAGAUCUCCCAUUUUUGGCAAAUUUCAAAUAAUGCACCAUUUGAAUCCACACACCACUUGUUAUUAAUGAAAGAACAUGCUAAGUUUCAUAACUAUGAUUUUUUCAUUGAUAUCAAUGUUUGCAUAACAAGAAAAUUGUUUUGGCAAAUAUAUACUUGUGGCAUUCAACGAAAUUCUGGAGCAGAGGUCCAGUCAAAGAGUGUUGAGGUAAAUUCAGUCUAUUAUUUUUGAUGCGCCUAGUUUGAUAACUCAAACUUCUGAGUGGUGGAAAGUUAAUGCUAAGCACAUAAUGGCAUUUCUGAUAACCUGUAAGCAGUUUUCAGUUGAUUGUAGGCAGUUCAGCAAACCAAUGGCUAAUUAUACUAAACAUAAUUUUUACUCUAUUAUCAUUUCUUUUUUUUUUUUUGUACAAAUUUGCUCUCUGUGCCCACAAAUAUAAGUUGUCUUCUUAUUCUUUUUUUUUAUUCUUUUAUGUGGUAUGGUGUUAGACCUUUCUGGGGGUUAAGCAAUAAUUUUAACAGGGACAGGAAGGCCGUGGUAUUGAUUGGAGAGCUAAUGGGUGUAGGUGAUAUUAUUUUAGAUUAAAAGAAAAGUGUAGGUAGGCAUGCAGUGCAUAUAUUAGAUAACUGGAUGCCUAUUAGGGAAACUAAAUGCAUGCCAAGGGAAGGGAAAUGCAGGUGGUAUAAUGAGAUUAGGGAAUAUGCAACUGCACAUGAUGUGGUCGACUGGCGCAACAAAACAGGCCAUUUAUAAUUAGGACUUUCAUUAGUAAUUCCGAAUUUGAGGUGUCAUCUCGGCACAUACAAUUUCGCAGGCUGUCCCCAAAAUCUUUCGCCAGACAAUUUCUUCAGUAUGGGUCGAAUGACGCGCAAUGCAUACUAUGGCAAAAACGGCAUCUUGAAAGAAAUCUGCAUGCACUGUUGCGACUCUGUGUUUCAGUAUCGAAGUGUUUAUUGAACACAACACAAAAGAACAACACCGCUUGUUACAGCAGCUGACAUCAGAAUCUGUGCACAUGGGCAGGAAAGUUGAACCAGAAAUUUCUUGUUACCAUCUAAAUGAACUUGUGAUUGCAAUGUUGAAGUCAGCCAGAACACAAAGUGCGCCCCUUUCUUUUACAGCCAUCUGAGUAGCACCAGUACAGAGAUCUGCACUUCUUUUUCUAUAUGCAAAUGUUAUGGCUGGAAUACAAAUGUGUUUGGCUGCAAAGUUUGUAUAUUUCUCAAAACUAGUGGAAGGGAAAAGUUUUCUUUUAAACUAGUAUGUUUUGCAUGCUGGCUCACUUGGAAUUUCGAAACUGCAAUAUGCCCCAUAAAGUUGCUAAUUGGAGCCUACUUAUCUAAUUCUGAGAGGUGGCCACCUCGUACACUUUGACAUUCAUUUCAGCAAAGGAUGAGUUGCUGGCAGUUACUGAAGUACUAGUAUUCACAUAUUUGCUUACCUUUUGCUGACAAGUCUAAGCUGUCAACCGCUGUAAUGGCUUGGUGGCUAUGGGUUGCUUGCGAAAGUUUGCCCGCUGAAUUUCCAAGUUGACAUGACUACAUUUUAAUGGAUCCAAAAUGCAAAAACUCCUUUGUGUGGACGUAUUGGUCCAUGCUAAAGGUUGACGAAGUGAAGCACAGUGCCCUCUACUGCAUCACAUGCAGCUAAAUAUGUUUUCAUUUUGUAGCGUUCUUUUGCAGCGUGUUUAAUGCACAGUACCUGUUUGAUGGCCUUAGCAGUGUUUAGUUGUACCUUAGCCUAUUGAUUUUGCUGGAUGACGCACUGAUAUGAACUACUGAUCUGCAUAAGGCAUAGCUGGGAAGGUGACUUAUCUGAACAUGGUACCAUUCUAGUUUUGGUCCACAACAUUUUUCCCAAGCCUUCCCAAGCAAACUGGCAAACCUGCGAGCCACUCCUAUAUUGUAGUUGGGAAUGUCCCAAAGUGGCAAAUUGUUGCAGCAGAAGUGAUAUUCAAGGCACACAAGUGACUGGGACAGUGUUUCCAGAGGUGCAGGUUUUGUGUCAACAGCUGUUAGCACCAGUUUGCACUCUAUGCCCCUUUUACAGCUUAGGUGUGUCAGCAAUUUUUGUGUUGUUAAACGUUUAUGAAAGUCUGGCUAAGGAUGACUCGAUGAAAUUUUCUUGCUGGCCAGACUAACGCUCACUCCUUACACUAGGCAGGAAGAAUCGCCUUUUGGUCAUACUACUUGGACUUUCUGCAUGUCUCUAAUAGCCUAGUGCCUAGUCCCUGAUAGUCUUCUCCUCCCAUUCUCCAAGAGCCCUUGUCUUCCUCCUCACCCAGUGUGGGUGCUGCACCUGCAGCUCCCACACUGCAGCUCUCCAGGGCCUUAAUGCCCUGUCAUGGUAUGGUUUUGAGGGUAUCGGGCUGUUGGGGGAAAAAAAGCUGUCUGGUGUCUGCUGCAAUGGUUUCAGUCUAUUGCUAAGUUGGCUUUACAUUCAAAGAGAAACAUAUACUAUAGGAGCAUACAAAUGAGCAACUUAAUGUACUGAAGGUGCUUGUUUUAUCUGCCUUUCUGCAUAUUUUUUGCACUUAGCAGUGCUUGACAAGCCAGCCCAGCAAGGUUUUCCAUCUCACGUUCAAGCAAAAUGUGUAACAUAAAGACUGCACCGCAUCUGAAAUUUGGUUGAUGCAAAGCUCUAGUGGCGCCACCCAGAGCUCUGGAGAUUACAGGCGGGCUUCAAGUUUAGGCAGCGGUGUGUGGGAAAGCACAUAAUCGUGGAUCACUCUCUGGAAUAAAAUUGGGUGCCCCAACUGUUGCUGUGGUUCAAAUUUCAAUGCUAGGUCUGUAAAAUUGUUCAGGCCAGAACACAUCCUGGCAAGGUAUUGCAUAAAUUGAGGACUUGCGUUAAGUGCGCAUUGUGUGAAAGUAUACACUGUGCCGUCUCCUUCCUCGUUUCUGUGUAUGUUCGCACCUAGUACCCAAGAUGAAUUGUGACCAACUUGCGCAACAAGAUGCCCUUGUAUGACUACUGGAAAAUUCUGUUGGCCCAAUUUUUUUGGUGUUCUUUAAAGCUGAACUGCAGUUGUCUGCAUGAGCUCUGCAGCCAGUACUGAUUUAGCUGCUCAUUGUUUGCCCUAAAAAAAGGAAUGUCAGCAUUUUGCUAGAAUGAAAUAGUAACUAGCUCAUUGCAGGUUUCAAAGGUCCCGUAUUUUGUGCUAGUUUAUUUGCCCUUUGCUGAAACAACCCUUCUACGUGGCUGCCGAUUGAAGGCUGCAUUUGACAGCGAGUGAAGGUGCGUAUGUGUGCAUGCGUGAACAUGUAUGAAAGGCAAUUUCAGGUUGGCACUAGCAGAGAUGCUACUCACUCAUGCUGUUGGACAAGCGGGCACGGAGAUAUAUGCUAAUAAAGAGAGUAUGCAACUACUA